CGCCCACACCGUGCUCCUCCUCGCCCUCCCCAGGACUCCGUCCCCUCCCCCUUCCCCGGGACACCCCUCUUCUGUCUGGUGUGGCCAUGGUGCCCUGGGUUUAGGAACUCUGGCAGUUCCACCCGGGCAGUGGGGGAUGCUGGGAGGGUGCUCAGAUAUGGAUCAGAAACUGUCCCAGCUGGUAGAAGAGCUCACAACUUCGGGGGAACCCCAGCUGAAUCCUGAGAAAAUGAAGGAACUGAAGAAAAUUUGCAAGUCUUCAGAGGAGCAGCUCAGCCAUGCCUACCACCUGCUCACGGGGCCCCAGCUGAGCCAGGACCACGCCGAGAUCCGCCUCUCCGCAUUCCAGGCCAUAGACGAGCUCUUCGCCCGGUCCCAUCAGUUCAGGAUGCUGUUGUUUCCAACUUUCAGGAGUUUCUGGAGCUCACACUGGGGCACUGACCACGAGCAGCCCCUGCCGCCUCCCAGGGAGGUGGCUCAGAGGCUGCGGCAGGCUGCCACCCGGGCCAUCCAAGGGUGGCAUGAGAAGUACGGUGCGGCCUACAAGAAGCUCUCCUUGGGCUACCACUUCUUAAGACACAGCAAACAGGUGGAUUUUCAGGACGUGAGCGCGCGGACUCUGGCAGAAAGAAAGCGGGAGGAGGAGAAGCAGAAGCGCUUGGAUAGAAUCUACAGGGAGAGGUCUGAGCAGGCCAUCAGGGACAUGGAGGAAAUGUCCGCGGACAUCCGGUGCUGCCUCACGGAGGUGGAGAGCUGCUUCAGGCUGCUGGUGCCACUGGACUUUGCCGCAGACCUGAGCGCCUCGUUGCCCAUGGGGGUCUCCAGUGUGUCUGAGCAGAGUGCCCCUUGCCAGGCCGGCGCUAGGAAUCAUGGGGACGAGGAGCAGCCCUGCUGUAGCAAGACCCUGCUCGCCUGUGCCGGCCAUCCGGAGGCCGGCAGUGGGGAGGGGCCGCCCCGGGGGGCCACAGGGGCCGAGGAGGAGGAAGACAGCGACAGCGAUGAGGAAGGGUUUGUGCGGCGCCACGGGCUGGGUUCCCACAAGUACACACUAGACGUGGAGCUCUCCUCAGACAACCUGAGGGUGCGUGAGGACGAAGACAAUCACGCUGUCAUCCACUCCGCCCGGGACGCGCUCAAGCUUAUCCAAAACACCUUCCUGCCAGCUGUGUGCUCCUGGGUCCAGAUAUUCACCCGCGCAGGGAUCCACGGUGGGCACCUGGAAGCUGCCAUCGACCUGAAGAUGGAACUGGAAAGGGCCCUGAGGCAAUUGGGAGAGCUGGACAUCCAGCCUGAGGAAGGGCGCUGGAGGGAGGUGGCAGCCCCAGGGAACAGGGCUGAGGCUGAGGACGAGGAUGAUGGGGACUUCAUCGAGGUCCCAGAGAAGGAGGGGUAUGAGGCCUGCAUCCCCGACCACCUGUGGCCGGAGUGUGGGCUGGAGAAAGACCCAGCUGCACGGGGCUUGCAGGCAAGGAAGAAGGCGAGGAGGGAUGAGGAGGCACGUGACCCCACCUCUGCUGCUGCCCAGCUGCAUCAGCUGCGUGGACGCUUGCCCCCUCCCCCGAGCCCCAGGGCACCUGUGGGACCGGAGGAGGCUGGGAAGCUGGCAGCAGAGUGGGCCCGGGCGCCUGUCGUGCCCUUUGGGGCGGACCUGUGCUACUGGGGCCAGGAGCAGCCGAUGGCUGGGAAGAUCCUCAAGUGUGACUCUGAGCACCGCUUCUGGAAGCCCAGUGAGGUGGACACGGAAGUGCUCAGCACCACCGUCUCAGAGAUGCUGCAGAACCGCUGCAUCACCUUUGCGGGGAAGUUCGAGCCCGUGCAGCACCGGUGCCGCGCCCCAAGGCCCGAUGGCCGGCUCUGCGAGCGUCAGGACCGGCUGAAGUGCCCUUUCCAUGGGAAGAUCAUCCCCAGAGAUGAGGCGGGCCGGCCCCUCCACCCGGAGGAUAGGGCCUGGGAACAGAGGCAGCAGCUGCAGAGACAAGCAGGGCAUGCAGGUUGGCAGGACCCCGAGUUUAUGAGAGAUGUGGAGGCUGCCACGGGAGUGGACCUUGGCUCAUCUAGGUCCAGCGGGAGAGGCAAGGGCAAGAGGAGGAGGCACCCUGGCCUCACCGACCUGAAGCAGCAGGCCAACACCGCCCGUGCACGCAUCGCCAAGAAGGUGUUUGCUAAGGCCGCUGUGCAGAGGGUGGUCACAGCCAUGAAUCAGAUGGACCGGAAGAAGCAUGAGAAGUUUGCAAACCAGUUUAACUAUGCACUGACUUAGAGGGCCAGCCUGGGUGUGUGUGGUCCCCUCUGGUUGUCUGCUCUUCCCUCGGCCAGGGCACCAGGAUCGGAGCGCAGACACAGGACUGAGCUGUAACCACAGCCACUGUUGUUAUAUGUGUGUUUCGUGUGAGGAAAGAGUGUGUAUUCUAGUCACAGUGCCCCAGAGGUAUGGACUCCCCCUGCCCUGGGGAGCCACAGCCAUCCGGGUUAUGGGUCUGGCCCGCCUGAGAGCCUGGAGGUGACAUGGGCAGCGUGGCUCAGUGGGGCAUCUUGCAAAGCCUGUACCCAUGUCACCCCAAGCCCCACUUCCCCGCCUUUUCCCUGGGCAGUAGGAGGGACUCGGGGGAGACUCUAGGAACCCUCACACUUUUAUGUAAACACUUUUUUUUUAAGACAAGCUGGGAAGUGAACCGUUCAGCGUCGCAGCUUGCAUUUCCAGCUCACAGAGCGUUUUGGUGAUGGUUCUGCAUUAGAAUGUCAACAACUACCUCUCUGCUUUUGUGUUUUUCAAAAAAUAGCUUUAUACUCCCACACCCUAGGAUUCACCCUUUCAAAGUGUACCACUUAAGUGUGGCAUGAAGUGCGUUGUACAACCUGGACCACCUGGUUCCAGAACUUUCCAUCACCCCAGAAGAAAGCCUGUCCCUGUUAGCAGUCACUCCCCUAUUCCUUCCUCCAGCCCCUGGCCCUUCCUGAUUUGUUUGUGGCUUUGUCCUUUCUGGGUGGACAGCAUCCUAGCAACACGUGGCCUUUCGUGUCUGGUUAGUCCACUUAGCACAGUGUCUCCUGGGUUCUUCCAUGUUGUGGAAUGUGUCAGAGCCCUGGGCCCUUUUACUGCCCACUGAUGACACCGAAGUGUGGGCACAGCACGCUGUUUAUCUGUUUAUCACAGACAUUUGGGUUGUUCUCACACUGUUUGGCUAUGAUGAGCGAUGCUUCUGUGAACGUGUGUGCAAGUCUUGUGUGGACAUAGAUUUUCAUUUCUUUGAGGUUUAUGCCCAGAAGUGGAAUCGCUAGCUCUCUUGGCAACUCUGUGUUUAACUUGUUGGUGAACCACCAGACUUGCACAGCAGUUGCACCAUUUGACUUACAUUCACACCACAGUGCGUGAGGGUUCCAGUUCCUCUGUGUUUUUGCCAACACGUUAUCUGUGUUUCAUCUUAGCCAUCUUGGUAUGAAAUGGUAUCUUUUAUUUUUUUUUUAAAUGUUAUUUAUUUGAGAGAACAUGAGAGGGGGGAGGAGCAGAGGCAGAUGGAGAAGCAGACUCCCCUCUGAGCAGAGAGCCU